ACCAUUUGACGAACGUAUGAACAUAUUAUGGCUGGUGUAAAGAUUCGAAUAUAAACUAAAUAACACUUUUUGACCUAAGCGUUGUUCGGUCCGCCCGGCCUCGACUUCAAUCGUCACCCAGAAAGAUUCAGACUGGCAAACAGACAAUUCAGACUGGCAUGACAGAACGGAUCAGUUCACUGAAAAAGGCAAAUGCCAAUAGCCCAGCCCCUUCUGUAGAGAACGGCCGUCCAAGUGUUGAUGACGGUGUGAGUUAUGGUGGAGCACGACCGAAGGAGAGACGAAGGCCCUCUAGGCAACAAGAACACGAAGUCACAACCAGGCCGCCUGUCGUCCCACUUGAUGAGGAGAAUUCGAGAGGGAGGGGCCGGAGCAGCAGAGGGAGAAAUCAUGACUCACAUCUGCGAGGUGCUCGUGGGAUUAGCCACAGGCGAGAUAAACCACCCGACUUUCAAUCUUCCAGCGGUCUGUCCGAUGUGGGGAGAAUUGCGAACACUCAGCUCGGUGGUGAUGCGAAGGAGAACAUGGGAAAAUCACCAGGAGGUAUUUCUGGACGAGGGAGAGAAAAAGUCACAUCACACAACGAUCUGUCCAAAGCUACGCAGAAUGAACGACUCAGCCGAGAGGCCAGGUCCCAGGAGCCUGAGAAACGACCACGGAGACCAAGAUCAGAGAUGCGGUCAUCGUCUAAAAUUAAGCCAAGGUCUUCAAGCAGCCAACCAAAAAGUGACCAACGGCAGGCAAAGGCUAUUCAAGGAAAAGGCAAAGAGAACUACAAUGGAAAAAGAUAUUGCAAAGAAAAGGGAAUGGACGGAGGAAGAAAAGAAACUCCAGAGUACAGUUGCUCCACACUAAAAGAGCUCCUGACAGCCGGAACAGACCGCAUCCUGGAAGAAGUUACCAGCAGGAAGUUCCACAGGUUCCUAAACAACAGGCGUGUCUAUUCUGACCAACUCAGCCUUGCCCUGGAACUGAUCAUCGUUGUAAUGCAAAGGGAUGAGAUGUCCCCUGCCAACUCGCUCCAUGUUCUGUCUAUCGUGGCUGACUCCAGGUUGCUUGAUCCGAGAGGUGGUUUAGAAGGUUCCCUCAGCCACGUUAGCAAUCAACUGCCACGCCAGAGUGAAGACUUCCUGAGAGAUCUCUUCACUAAUGUCCUGUUUCUUCUCAAGGAACUGCUCACCAGAAUUCCAAAUAGGUCUUUCAAAGCAGUUGAGAGGAUCCUCGGAGGUCUUCGAGGAUUGAGUUGUAAGAUGGUAGCGCUGUCAAACAGGUCAGACCAAGGGAUACGUCUGUUAACCAAGGUCACAGAGAUGCAGAGGCUUCAUGGUGAAAUCGAAGGUCUGCUAGCUGAAGGGGAAAGAGUCCAAGAUGAACCGUCCUGGCUGCCCCCGAAUGACUUCAGAGGAAUCAGUGUAAUGCCAACACAAGAAGAUCUCGAAGACGACGAACCAUUUCUGAAGGAGAACCGCAUGAAUGGGUACGAAUCCACCCUCCAGUACCUAGACACACAGUUCCGACUGAUGAGAGAGGACCUGCUUGCACCACUAAGGGAAGGUAUCAAGGAACACCUCCAAAACGUUAGAGACCGAAAAUUUGCAGCUCGCCUCCAAGACUGUUGUGUCUACAGAGAUGUCCAGUUCCUCGGUGUUGACACAAAGACAGAAGGUUCACUUGCCUAUGUCGUCCGAUUCAAUGUUACAAAUUUCCGUCAUGUCCAGUGGGAGAAUACGAAACGACUGAUGUACGGAAAUAUGGUCUGUCUCUCAGCUGAUGAUUUUAAAACGGUCUACUUUGCUACAAUAGUCGACAGGGAACCCAAGGGUCUACGUAGGGGAUUGUUGACAAUUAAGAUUGAGGGGAUAACGACUCUCUCGAUUGCACAAAGGGUGCAGUCCUUUGUGAUGCUUGAAGCAACAUCUUACCUGGAAGCUUACAAGUAUGUCCUGGCACGGCUACAGAGUAUUGGGAUGGACAUUGAGGCUGGAAAGGAGAUGCCUUUUCAGAGAUAUGUCGUUGAUUGUGAAGUAGACAUUAACCCACCGGAUUACCUUGAUAGAAACACGACCAUUACCAUACCCACUGCAGACGGGAAAGAGAAAAACAUCAUAGCACUCAAUGAAGGAAGUUGGGCACGUGUGACACCCGAUAACUUCAACUUAGAUGACUCUCAAUUCGAGGCACUCAAACAUACACUAUUGUCAGAGAUGACUCUGAUCCAAGGUCCACCAGGGACAGGGAAGACGUUCAUCGGCCUAAAGAUCAUGGACAUUUUACUGAAGAACAAGAACAUUUGGAAGGGUCUUCAUAACCGAGGCCAUAUCAUGGUGAUCUGCUUCACGAACCACGCCCUUGAUCAGUUUCUUGAAGGCGUCCUCGAACUUCAGAUGCAGAAACCCUCUUUGGUCAGAAUAGGUGGACGCUGCAAAACUGAGAGCCUAGCCAAAUACAACCUUAAGGAACUGCGCCACCAGUACAGACGCUCUCUCCCCGGGGAUUGGUGGGACAGCUUCAAAGCAGUCAAGGAUGAUAUCAAAUGCAAAGUCAAAGAAAUUAAAGAAAAGAAGCAUCUCGUUUCUCUUGAGGCUCUUAAAGUACCUGCUGAGUGGCUCAAGCAAUACAUGACACAUAUGCAGUUUAUGUCAUUCUACAUGCACUGUCAUCCCGAAACAUUCUCGAUGACUUUGGAUCAGGUACUGAUGAGAUGGUUAUCUGGUUGGGAUGGUCUGUAUGAAGAAACAUGGCAGCAGCUGAUCUUCUCCUUGCACAAUUCGAAGGAGAUUACAGAAGAUAAAGGUCGUGACAUUGGUGCGUACCAGGUGGAGGAACUCGAUAAUGAUUAUCAAAUGGAGAUGCCAGCUACAAAAAAAAUUGACCAAGAAGACAAUGACUCCGACUCCGAUGGCAGCCUCAUAAGCGUUGCAGGUGAGGCAGAGCUUAUCCAGUCUGGAAGGAUAGUUGACGAUGGAUACAAGAAGGGCAGCGAUUUGUACCAAGAGUACAUCGAAAGGGAAAACGAAGAAGAUGCAAACAAAUGGACCAAGCAACGAAAGGGUAAAAAAGGUUUGAAAGCCACACAGCAUGAGGGCCGAUCAAAAUCAUCGGGGGGAAAGACUGCUGCCCCUAACAAUCCCCAGUUUAAUAUCGAACAGAUUCUGCAGUCAUACCAGGAAAAUGCACAGAAGAGUGCCACCCCGUUGGACCCGGAUAUGGCAGAAAGGAUUGUCGAUGUGUGGCGCCUAAACCAGAAAGGAAGGUUCGGCCUCUUCCUUCACUGGUGUGAUUCAUUCUUCCAGAACCUAGAUGUUGCCUUGGCGUAUGAUCUGCAGGAGCAGGAGGAGCUAGCAAAUGAACUUCAGGCAAUUUCAUUAGAACGCGACUGUCAAGUCAUUGGUGACCAGGAUGUAAUGGGAAUGACCACUACAGGGGCUGCAAAGUAUGCUGAGAUCGUCCAGAGGGUGCGGCCACAAAUUGUCAUUGUAGAAGAAGCAGCAGAGGUCCUAGAAGCACACAUCGUAACCGCUCUGACUGAUAACUGCAAGCACCUAAUCCUGAUCGGCGACCACAAGCAACUGAGACCCAAUCCAACUGUGUACGAACUGGCACGUGACUACCGCCUCAAUAUAUCACUGUUUGAGAGGAUGAUUGAGAACAACAUGAACCUUAAGACAUUGAGACUUCAGCACAGGAUGCGUCCAGAUAUCUCCCAGUUUCUGGUUCCCUGGAUUUACGAGGAACUAGUUGACCAUGAUGACGUCAAAGCUUACCCCAGCAUUCGAGGUAUUCAGAGUAAUGUUGUCUACCUUGACCACGACCGACCAGAGAAUGGCUCAUCAGACAGCCGAAGCCAUUCAAACGAUUUUGAAGCAGAUUUUGUGGUGGGGCUUUGCAAAUACUUCUUACAGCAGGAGUAUGAACCCAGCCAGAUCACGAUACUCACAACCUACACAGGGCAGAUGUUCAAGAUCCGAGAGAAGAUGCCUAAAGCUGUUUUUGAAGGGGUCAGGGUGACACCUGUUGACAACUAUCAGGGCGAGGAGAAUGACAUUAUCAUUUUGUCGUUUGUGAGAAGCAAUGAUCAGCGGAACAUAGGUUUUCUCAGAGAGCCGAAUAGAGUCUGUGUCGCGAUGUCCAGAGCCAAAAUGGGUUUCUAUGCCUUUGGUAAUUUCUCCAUGUAUGCCAGCAAAACAGAAACAUGGAAGGGAAUGGUUGGUGAUAUGGAGAAACAAGGGCUCUUAAAGAAAUCACUCACUGUCCUCUGCCAGAAUCAUCCUGAAACGAUAACAGAGAUAGCCACAGCAGGCGACUUCAAAACGGUCCCGGAUGGGGGUUGUCUUCUUUCCUGCGAUUUCAAACUCAAGUGCGGCCAUGUUUGCACGAAGAAGUGCCACCCAAAGGACGCUGAACACAAAGAAUACAAGUGCAAGAGUCCCUGUGGGAAGAUGUGCAAGAAGGGGGUUCACAAAUGUCGCAAGAAAUGCUGGAUAGAGUGUAGAUGUACAGCAGAGUGUCCUGAGGUUCUUGAAUGUGGUCAUCAGUGCCAGAAUGCAUGCAGUGAGCAGUGCACUACCAAGUGCAUGGCAGCAUGUGAUAAAGAACUCAGCUGUGGACAUAACUGCCUGCGGAGAUGUUCAGAAGGAUGCAAACCCUGUGUCCAUGCUUGUGAGCAGUUCAAACCCUGUGGUCAUGGAUGUCCUGGUAGAUGUGGACAGGACUGCAAUGAUGUGGCAUGCAAGGCCCUUUGCAGUAAGAUCCUUGAUUGUGGUCACACUUGUCCCAAGAAAUGCUUUGAACCAUGUCCGCCAUGCAACCAGUCAUGCAGGAAGAGAUUGCCGUGCGGUCAUCAGUGUAAAAACACCUGUAGUAGUGAAUGUACGACAGAAUGUGGUGACCGAUGCCAGAAAGACCUGCCAUGUGGCCACAGAUGCCUCCUUCGUUGUGGUGAGGAUUGUGAGAUAGACUGCAAGAUCAGUGUGGUCAAGGUAGGACCAUGUGAGCACAGGAUUCGUGCACCUUGCAACGUCAGAAAGGUAGAUGAUUUGGCCAAACUGUGCACGAUGUUUUGCAACAAGAGCCUUCCAUGUGAUCACAAGUGUGCGAGUACGUGCGGAAAAUGCAGUGUUGAGUGUCGGAAGAUUUGUUCCACACUCGUCGAAAAACAGGGAAGUUGUGGACAUAUGGUUACCUGCCGCUGCGACGAAGCUCCAAACGAAAAGAUAUGCACAAGGCCGGUGUUCCAUUUCCCGAAGUGCGGGCAUAUUUUCAAGGUCGAAUGUCGCGACAGGGAAAAGGCCAUCUGCACAGAGGAGGCAAAAAAGAAGCUUCCAUGUAAACAUGAGGCUACGGUCAAAUGCAACCAAGAUGUGAAUGAUGUCAAAUGCAAAUCGUUGAUAUCAUUGGACCCUGGCUGUGGACACGAGCAGAGCAUGAAAUGCUUUGAAAGGAGAAGCUUCAAAUGUGGGAAGGAAGUGAAUCAUGCCUUUAAAUGUGGUCACAAUGCAAAAAUAAAGUGUCACAAAAAAGAGACAGUAACAUGCCUUUCAGAAUGUCAGCAGAAUCUCGCCUGCGGACACAAGUGCAGGGGAACAUGCGGCCAGUGUCUAAAGGGAGGGAAGCAUGCCUCCUGCAGGGAGAAGUGUACAAAGCAACAGGAUUGUGGACACCCAUGUGACAAGACGUGCGGUCAUCAAAGUGGAUGCGGCUGCCAGGAGAAGUGCACAAAGAAACAGCUAUGCAGCCAUCCAUGCGAGAAGACCUGUGGCCACGAAAGAACAUGCGGCCCCUGUAGAUCUAGGUGCGAAGUGAAGUGUUGGCACCGGCCCUGCAGAAAGAAAUGCAAUGAGGGCUGCACCCCAUGCGAGAAACAGUGCAAUUGGAGAUGCCCUCAUGCAAGAUGCACUAGGUUAUGUCAUGAAACCUGUAACAGGGAUCCUUGCAAUGAACAUUGUCUGAAAAAGCUGCCAAGUUGUGGACACCUGUGCCCAGGACUGUGUGGAGAACCGUGCCCGUUCACUUGCAUCCAAUGUCAUCCCACCAUGUUCAAGAAUACUAACGAGACCACACGAUACAUCAGAGUCCAGCCGUGUAAUCACACCUUGCCAGUCGAUGUUAUGGAUGAGUCGAUGAAGGAGAAGCAAAGUGGUACCUUCACGGUAGUGGAGCCAAAGCAGUGUCCUGCUGAUGGUUGUGGUCGGGUUGUCCUGUUCUGCCCAAGAUAUAGCAAUGUCAUAAAGGCCUACUUGAAGACAAUGCGGGGGACAGGCGAGGGAAAGAAAUGGCUGAGAUGUAGAAGGUGUUCAGAGGUCAGUUCCUUCAACAAAGAUGACAUGCGACCGCGAUGCAGAAAUUGCUAGAAAAGCUUCGUUUGAGCUGAAACUAUAACCGUUUUCAUAAUGACCGCGUCAGUAGUCAAUAGUUUUGCAGACAGCACUUUUUAAAUUCUCACAGGCAUUCUAGGCAGGAGAUAAGGGCCGAAUUGGUGAUCGUAUAUGGUGACUAAUAUGCACAAUUUCGGGGCAUGGUCGUGUUCGAUUCGGCACAAAGCAUAUUUCUCGUGCAAGCGUGAAAAUGCCAGCGUUAAUUGGUGACAAAACUUGUUUUGGACAACCGGACCAUGGGUGACGCAGAACAUUACCGAGGUUGAUGUUCGACUCUGCGGCUGUUUGGCUGGUAAUGACGCCAAAAGAUGGCUUCAAUUAGCACAGCCCACAGUUUCACACAAUAUAUAUUCAUUCCAAUUGUCCUUUCGGCCAGUUGGUGAAACCAACAAAUGCUUUCUCAUCGAUUUUAAAUCAUCAUAAGUUCCAGAAGUGUGGAGGCCUAUGGCCAGCUGGGCGAACAAUGGUCAUAUACAUACAUGAUGCAUAAUAUACAUGUACGAUACUCAUUCUAAUGCGAUCAUUGGUUUUUCACUUCACCAGAAAAAAACCAAAACAUUCAAUGAAACAGGCGGGAAUUGCUCUCGAAUCACCAUGACCAUAUGCCUCAUCAUUUCCAGUGCGUUUGCAUCUGUUUAUAAUGACCAUACCCAUUACACAAAAUAUAUUGGAAUACGUUUAAGAACAUUUGGAUCCUAAAAUACUAACUCUUCAAUUCUGUGGUGUUAGUCUGGAAUCUGGAAUAUAUGUAUAUAUAAAUAUAUAUAGUAAUUAAUAAUUAAACAUGGUAGUCGCAUCAGGAACAGAAAGGUGACAAAGGGAAGGAGCUAGUUCGGCGAGGAAACUAAUAGCAAUACAUAAAUGUAUGCUUAGAUACAAACAUUUCAACACUGGACUAUCAUCUCCUGACAGCCGUGAUUCAAGGGACUUUGUAUACAACUUGGGGGCGUGGAUAUCAAAAUACUAAUAGUUUAGAAUAAAUGUUA